AUGGCUGCCCCCGUCCUUCCCCUCCCCCAAGUAAAACUCCCCUCAAUCCCUUCAACCCGCCUAACCCCCGAGCAACAAUACUGGCGCUCCUUCAAAAACCCCCUCCUCCUCCCUUCCCCCUCCAACAGCCCCAUAAACCACAUCUCCCAACCCUCCACCUCCUCGGUCCCCUCCUCCUCAACCUCCUCCUUCGCCACCUCCACCACCUUCAACACAACAACACCCCCCGACCUCUUCACCGUGACGACAGGCUCCCGCGUCCAACUCCACUCAAUCCGCACCCGCAAGCUGCUAAAAACCCUCACCCGCUUCGACGACAUAGCUCGCUGUGCCGACAUCCGCGCCGACGGCCGCAUCCUAGCAGCCUCAGAUGAUUCAGGCACAAUCCAGCUCUUCGACAUAAACAUGCUGGUCAGUGCGGGCGAUGAUAGGGUUGUGAGGCUGUGGGAUUUGCCGAGUGGAGAGGACAGAAGAAGGAAACAUAGGGCAUGGGGAUUACGUGAGAUGUGCGGGGUUUAUGCCCGGGGUGGGAGCGGGGACCAGCUUUUUGGUGGUGGUGGUGGUGGUGAUGGUGGAGGCGGAGGUGGAGGGGGGAAUUUGUUGUUUUCAGCUGGCUAUGAUGGGAUGGUGAAGAUCUGGGAUUCGCGGGCCACGGGGAGGAGCGUUAUGACUUUCCAAAUGCGCGGGGCGGUAGAGAGUGUCCUGCCCCUUUUGUCCGGUACAAUGGUUCUUGCUUCCGCUGAAAACCGAAUCGCUGUCCUUGACGUCGUGGCCGGAAAGCCCCUGCACAUCAUAAAAAGCCACCAGAAGACCGUGACAGCCCUAUCCCUAGCCUCUGGCGGCCGACGAGUCGUCAGCGGUGCAUUAGACGGGCACAUGAAAGUCUUCGAAACAACAGGCUGGAACGUCGUCGGCGGCUCCAAAUACCCCUCCCCUAUCCUAUCUCUCGGCGUAAUCACCACCGGUCAUGACAGGGAAGACAAACACAUCGCCGUCGGCAUGCAAUCGGGCCUCCUAUCCAUCCGCACUCGACUAUCAGGCGCACAGAAGAUCCGCGAGCGCGAACGGGCGCGAGAAAUGCAAGCCCUUCUCGACGGCAAGCUGGAUGAACAUGACAAGCGGGUGACGAAGCUACAAAAGAAGAAGCACGGUAGGGGCUGGGAGAAGCGGCUGCGCGGCAUGGAUUUCAUCGGCGAGGGCGUCGAUAUCGUCAUCGAUGCACAGGACCCCGCGUCAGCAUCUCACAAGCGCAAACGCGAACAGCCCUGGGAGCUCGAUUUGCGCAAGGGCCGCUACGCAGCGGCCCUCGAUGCCGUCCUUUGCCCUUCUUCCAAAUCCACGGGCGCAAAUAACAAGCUCAACAUCCUCACGCUCCUCACAGCUUUACGGCACCGGUCGGCGCUACGAGUGGCACUUUCGGGCCGCGAUGAAGUUACGUUGCAACCUAUUUUGCAGUGGGUUUAUAAAUCCAUUACGGAUCCGAGGGUUGUGGAUAUUUGUGUUGAGGUUGCGAUGAACGUGUUGGACAUUUAUUCGGGGAAUUUGGGCCAGUCGGUUGUUUUCGAUGGGCUUGUUGAGAGGCUGCAUGUCAGGGUUAGGGAGGAAGUGGAUCGGGCUCAGCAGGCGUGGAUGACGAAGGGGAUGUUGGGGAUGUUGAGGGUUGGUGCUUAG